CAAGGAGGAGAGAGGAAGGGAGGAGAAAAGGGAGAGUGAAAAUUGAAGGAGAGCACAUUGAUUUUCUAAGUUUGUUCUGUCAUCCAGCCUACCACAAUGGCAUCCAUCGAGCAGAAGGCAGGGUUACCAAGCCAUAACACCACACAUGAGCAGAUACUCAAGGAAGAAGAGAUGUUAGAGAAAGUUCAGGAUUUUGUUAAACUGCUCAAAAGCUGGGAACAUGGCCAUGCUAUGUGUCUGCACCUGUUAGCACAGGAGGACAGAUGCUUUGAACGAGCCAGAAAGAGGCAACAGGCAGAAAUGAAGGAGGAGCUACACUAUGCUAACAAGCAGCUGAUGAUGGUUCGUCGAGCAGCUUUACGUCAUCUCCUAAGUACUGAGCAUCUGCAAUACCAGCUGGAACUGAAUCACCUUGGCAAAUCAUUCUAUGCAGAACGACUAUAAUACUUUUCUGAUGCAGACCUUGAAGCAUUAAAGAUUUCUCAUGUAGGCUUAAAAGAAAAAGUACAUGUGGUGUUAUACAAAACUCUCUCUUUUAAGCGUUGCUUUUUUCAGUAUUUAAAUAUUUAAUGAAAAAUACCAGGGGGCAAGAUUAAAGAUAGACUUCUUGUUAGUAAGCAAGUAUAUCCCCAAAUAGUAAAUUUUUCUCUUAAUACAAAUACAUAGAGGGUAACAGCAGAUUAAGUGAACAAGGGCAAAAAUGUAAUCCAAGUAGAGGGCAUCUCAUUGAUUUCAUCUGCAGAAAAUUUAAGCAUGCACCAGAUUCUCUCUCUGGAAUCAAAGAAUUUUAGAAGUGCUUAGCUUUACAGUAUCUGUUUCCUCUACUAGUUAGCAACCAUUACAUCAUCUAAUGAUCAAAGUCUCAAUAAAAGGAUAUUGUAAACAUUAAAACAUUUAGGGGAAACCUAAAUAUGUUUGAAUUUAUAUCUCAUUUACUUAACAGAACUGUUAAACAAUUGCAUGUUUACUAAAUUGUCCCCUAUAAUGUUUCAAGCUUACCAACAUUUUACCUACCCUUCAAUUCAAAUUUAUUAGAGCAGUUUACAUAAUGAUAUAACAAUAUAUAUAUGGUAAAAUAGAAAAACAGUAUAAGAAACAACACUUUAAAAAGGCAGUAAAAGCUGCAUAAAACCAGGAUUAAAAGGGUUGAGUGUUCUGAAAACCUUCUAAGAUAAAAAGGACUUUGCCUGGUGCCAAAAUGACUAGGUAGCAGGGAAAAGGUUCCAAAGGCAAGAAUGCCACCAUAAAAAAGUCUGCCACACCAACUAUAUCCUGUCACAUGAUUAGAGGCUUUGACCUGUCCCUUCUCUGCUCAGCUAAGGAAAUGGAUAAGUAGUUCAAGGUGAAUGUUCAAGUAGCAUGAAACAUUUUCCCAAACCAAAGGGGAAUCUACAGAACAAUAUCAGUACUUUCACUACUUUGUAGAAAGAGUAUUGGAUACAUAGC